AAACGAAAAAGCAAUUCCGAGUCCAAUACAGAGAGACAGAGAGAGAGAGGGAAGCAUUUUUUUGCGCAUUUUAUGUUCUGGGUUUGUCGAUGAAAGCUUUUGUCUUUUGAUUUCUGGAAGCGAAAAUAUUGUUUUGUAAGAACAAAUGGCAACGGAGGUUCUGGGUAAAGCAAAUCUGUUGGCUUCUACCCACAAAUACAAUCCAGAUCAAAGGAAAAAUGGUGUUCCUGGUUUAGCGAAAAAUUGCAACUUUCGUGGGUUUUCGUCUCCGAAGGUGAGACCUUUACGGUGUUUAGGAUCGCAGACGGUGUCGUUCCUCCACAGUGAUUUUCAAGGAAAGAGGGUUAUUCGAUGGGGAAAUCAAGGGAAGCCUAAGCGAGGAAAAUUUCAAGUUUCCAUUUCUUCACAGAGCGGCCUAAUUGGGAAAGCUCAUAAAUGGUGGGAGAAGGGGCUACGACCCAACAUGAAGGAGGUUACUUCUGCUCAAGACCUUGUGGAUUCCCUUUUGAAUGCUGGGGACAAACUUGUUAUUGUUGAUUUUUUCUCCCCUGGUUGUGGUGGAUGCAAAGCUCUUCAUCCCAAGAUAUGUCAAUUCGCAGAGAUGAACCCAGAUAUUCAGUUUCUCCAGGUGAAUUAUGAGGAGCACAAAUCCAUGUGUUAUAGCCUCCAUAUUCAUGUCUUGCCCUUCUUACGGUUUUACAGAGGAGCUGAUGGCCGUGUAUGCAGUUUUAGCUGUACUAAUGCUACGAUCAAGAAAUUCAAAGAUGCAUUGGCCAAGUACAACACAGAUAGUGUCAGCAUUGGGCCUGCCAAAGGGCUGGAGGAGAAAGAGCUUGUAGCAUUGGCUGCUAACAAAGAUCUCAACUUUACAUACACACCCAAAGCAGAUCCACCGGAGGCACCCCGAGAACUGGAAAAGGUGCCUGCCGAAGUAGGCUUCUCUCAUUCAGAUUCAAAGAUUCCCACUCAUCUCCCUUCGAAAGCUGUAAACUCUCCUAAGGACAUUGAGGGGAAAACUUUGGUAACUGCUGGUAGAUAAUUUGGUUAGUUCCAACCAUCAUCGUUAUCUUCCCUAUACCCCCCCCCGUACAGAAAUAUGCUAAAAUCUUCCAUUGUAUGUGUGCUCCCAUGGAGUUGCUGGCUGUAGGAUUUAUCUUUUUUGUAUCCUAGCCUUAUAGAUGAAGUUGUUUGAAGAGCAGAUAUGUAGCUCUCACUGCUGUUUUUGGGUUUGCUCUUUCAUAUAGGAAGGAAGCCCCCUUUGCUGUUGUAAAAAUCCUGUCUUUCUAUCCAUCAAUGAAGAUCAUAUUUAUGUCAAAAACUUUUAUGCUUUUGACAGCCGACCA